CCCAGCCCGAAGCCCCAUUUCGCGCCAUCCAAUUCGCAGUUCUCGGCCAUUAUAUUACGAAAUAGAAGCGGUGAACAGCUGUUUUCCGAUCAAGUCAAAGGGAGGGGGUCAAUGUCGAAUGCCACUGCCGCCGGUCAAAGCUUUUUGAAAUUGUUGUAAUAUAAAUUGUCAGUAUUCCUGUGAAAAAAACGUGUGAAUUUCGUGCAAAUGGAGCCGGCUAACGAGGCAAGCGCCGCGGCAGCUAACCUGCUGAGGCUGAUCAAGCAGCUUCUGCUGGAGAAGGCCUACGAAGGCGUCAGAAUGCUCUUCCAGAGCCCCAACGAGGCGUCCAGGAACAGGCAGCACUUGCCGCUCAUUGCCAUGGACAUAUACAACGACAUUUGCGUCGUCAACCUGGUGGACGAGGUCAACGGCCGGGAGCCGCAGCUCUUCGAUUGCGCCAACGAGUUGCUGAAACUGCUCGCCGAGCACGCCCCGCUGCAGGAGAUGAUGAUGGAGCUAAUGGAGAAGAUCGAGGAGAGCAGAAGUCACGCUGUAUUCGCGGCAUACCUGCGGGCCAUGCAGGUAAUCCUGCUGCGGCACGGCCAGGACAAGCCGCAGGCGGUGAUGUGGUGUCUGCAGAGCGUCUCCACGCGCCUGAAAGAUUUGCCGCUGCCGAAGUAUCUGAGCGAGGGCUAUGACGAGGCUGCAGGUCGCCUCGUGGAACAGGAGAAGCAGGUGGAAGAUCUGCUGGCCCACUACAUUACCAUCGGCCUGUUCGAGGCCCCGCUGCUUGUGGACAUUCUGCAGCGAGACGCACGCCCCGACCCCCAGAUAUUCCGCCACUGCGGCAUGUUGCGCCGCAAUGUCCUCACCUGCUUCCUUGUGCAGCUGCUGGGCAAACCGCUGGCCCUGCUAGAGAUGAGCUACGUGAAGGACGACCUGACGCACACCUACGUCCAUCAGGUGGUAAAGAACCUCACCCAGGAGGCCACCAAGUCCAUUGGCGGCGACCCCUUCUAUCUGCUUGCCCUGGUGGAGCAGCGCGCCCGUUGGGAGCGCAAACUGAACGCCACGAAGGGCGUCUACGAGAUGACUAGCCAGAACGUGUUCCUCGUCGAGGACACGAUGCCACUGCACGCUCUGGCCAUGUACUAUCACGCUCUCUUCGUGCGCGACCUGCUGCCACCCACGACACCCAAGAUCUAUUCGCCAGUCUUCCUAUUCGAGUCGGUGCUCUAUCUGGUGACUGAGCUGCUGCGGCAGCCGGAGCCACCACUGCAGCACUGCGGCCUGCGUCUCCUCGAGCACAUGCUGAUCGAUCGCGGCGGCACAACGGUGGCCCAUUCCUCGCUGCAGCUGGAUGUCCAUAAGCGAUUCUGCGAUGAGCUCUGCAAGAUUGUUGGCUACUCGCCGCAGGUGGGACUCCGCCAGCUGGGCCUGCACGUGCUCCGGCACUACAUACUGGCCUUUGAUGACCAGGGCAAGUACUUGAUCCUCAAGAACCUGCUGGAGACGCUGCAGCACGAUGGCCUGAUGGGCUAUCUGAGUGCCAUGUACAAGGACCUGGUGGACAAGGCCCUGAAAGCCCACAUAAGAUGCAGCGUGGGUAUGGCCCCUGAGUUCUGCGGCAAGCAUUUCCGGGAGAUGCUGAUGCUGUGCAUCUGCGUGCUGCCCAACGACGUGAAGUCGGAUCUGUUGCUGCACGCUGACCGGAUCUGUAAUGCCAUCAACAUUCUGCGCUACUUUGCUUUGAGCGACAAGCGGAACAUCACUGGAUUCUGGGACGUUAUGCCGGAGAUUGAGAAGCGGCUGCUGGUGCCUCUGGGCACGGCCCUGGACUUCUCGAUGGCCCAUUACAAGGCGUACAAGGAGCGCGUGGAGAACGGCCAGAGUGCCUCGGACGACGCCCUAAUGAAGAAACAACUGCAAAUGCUGUCCAUGAACAUUAGCAACAGCGGCAUCGCCGGUGACGGUGACAGCAGUCUGCCCGACAUCGGACGCCAGGAGAAGCUCGAGGUGCUGGCCAGCUCCAUCACAAGCCUGGAGUGGCUGCUGUCGAUUUAUGUGCGCGCCAACGAGGUAAUCGAGCAGACCGCACGCCAGCGCAAACUCCUCCAAGAUGCAGCCACAGUCCCAGCCCCCGUUUAGACUCUUAACUUUUUUAUAUGCAUAUUUGUGUAAGCAACGAAAGCGAAAUGAUAGCGUCAACUAAUUGUAUGUGUAAACAGAUUAGAAACCGAAAACGAAACGAAACAAGCGA